CAGUGAUUUAUGUCUAGUGUAGAUCGGAAAACAAAUAAUUUAGAUACCAUUUGUAUAUUAAUCGAUAAGCCUGAUGUCAAAUCAAUCGGAAUUUUACAAAAAACGUCAAAAUAUUGCUAUUUUGACAAUCUUCAUCACCUGUCCACUUCGUCCAUUAUCGACUAAAACAGCAAACUGCGUUAUCGACACACACAAGUGUCAAUUUACCACAACAUUGCCAGAUUUACCGAUCCAUUUCCCAACAAAUUAGACACUAAAAUAAGACCCAAAAACACUCCUAAACCACCAUUACCACCAAUAAAGUUAUCACCACAAAAAACACAAUUUUAAUCACUUUAUUAAUAAAAAUACUCUCGAGUCGCGUCCGGCAACACAGCUCACCUGUCAUUAGUGUCAAAACAUAACCUAAGAAAAACACGUGAUGAAGCCCCGCAAACAGGCCGAUAAAAGGCCCCCCAACCCGUUUGAAAUCCACAUAAACAAGCAAAAAAUGACGGUUUUGGGUCAAAAAACCAAGAACGACCGCGGACUCCCUGGGGUUUCACGCGCCAAAGCUUUGAAAAAACGCAAAGAGACUCUCCUUCAGGAAUACAAGCUCCAAAACAAAUCGAACAAGUUUACGGACCGGAGGAUCGGUGAGCGUAACCAUACCUUGACCUCCGAGGACAAAGUUAUGGCCCGAUUUGCGGCAAUUCGGAAAAAAGCCCACAAAAAAUCGAUUUUUAACCUCGCCGAUGACGAGGUCUUGACCCACAAGGGGCAAACUUUGGCCGAAAUUGAGAAAUUUGACGACCCGAGGUCGGACAACGAAGACUCCGAUGAGGACAAGUCCGGGAAGCUUGACUCAGCGUUUGUUGAGGAUGCCCACUUCGGGGGCGGCGUCUUGAGGAAAACCGGGAAAGAGGGGGCGAAGACGCACAAGGAACUGAUCGAUGAGUUGAUAGCCGAGUCGAAGAAACGCAAAGCUGAGAAGCAAAGGACCAAGGAGGCGACGCUUGAGCUCACUGAGAAGCUUGAUACUGAGUGGAAGGAUUUGUUGCCUUUGGUGAGCAAGACUCAGAAGGGGGAGACUGAGAAGGGGGCGCUCGACGACUACGAUAAAGUCAUGCGCGAGCUGAGGUUUGAGGCCCGCGGGACGGUUUCCGACAGGUUGAAAUCCGAGGAGGAGCUUGCUCAGGAGGAGAAACUCAGACUUGAGGAGUUGGAGGAGGAGAGACGGGAGAGGAUGAGGGGGUUCGAAGCAAAGACUCAGAAGCACAGAAGUGCCGAUGAUUUGGAUGAUGAGGUGUAUGAGGCCGAUCCUGAGUACAUGCUCAGUUAUAACAAGGAGGGGGAGGCUAAUGUGGAAAUUGGAGCUGAAAUAGAUGGGAAAACUGUUGGUGACGAAUCAAGUGAAGAGGAAGAAAGUGAAGAAGAGGAGGAGGAAGACGAUUUGGCUGAUCUUAAGGCCGAAAGCAGCGACGAAAGUGACGAAGAAGUGACUGAAACCCUGAAAAAGUCUGAUGAUGGGGGCAAAAUUGACGAAACGUGUGAAUUGCCGUUCACUUUCGUACUCCCUGACUCCUACGAGGCCCUCCAACAACUCCUUGAAGAUAAAUCGAGUCUUCAACAGGCCACAAUUCUUGAAAGAAUGAUCAAAUGCAACCAUCCAAGUCUUUCAGAGAAAAAUAAAGACGGUUUAGGGACACUUUUUGUUUAUUUAUUGCAAUAUUUCAACGAUUGUGCGUCUGAAAAAACCGCAGCUCGUUUAUUCGAAAUUUAUAAAAGUUUGGCCCCCCAUAUUUUUGAUUUGGCCCAAUUGAAUAAGGAAAACACCCACAAUUCGAUGCUUGAAGUAAUUAAGGAAAAACACGAGGAAUUUAAAAAACAACCAAAGGAUUAUCCCGGUUUGGAGUUGUUGAUUUUUUUUAAGUUGGUCAGUUUGUUGUUCACGACGUCUGAUUUUCGGCAUCAAGUUGUUACGCCGUGUUUUGUUUUUAUUGAGCAAAUUUUGAACAAGUGUAAAAUCAAAAGUGGCAAAGAUGUCGCUUAUGGGAUUUUUCUAGUGACUUUAGUGUUAGAGUAUACUUCGUUAUCGAAGCGGUUUUUGCCGGCUGCGAUUAACUAUCUCGGGGGGAUUCUCCACAUGGCGAUCCCCAAAUUUGGGGUUAAAUUGAUCAAAGUCAAUCCGCCCUUCAAACCCACAACAAGUUCCCUUGUACUUGUUAAUAACUGUACACAAGAUGGUGAUUUUAAAAUGGAAGCUUCUGAUUUAGAAAGGGAUGAAAUCGACGAUUCGUUCAAAAUCAGGGCUGUUUUUACAGUUUUAAGAUUAGUACAAGAUUUUGACCUUAAUCUAAUUUCUCUACCGUCAAAUGUUGAACUUUUUAACGAUAUUCGAGUGUAUUUGGAAUUACUCCCGACCCGGAAUUACCCGGAAAAAGUCGGGAAUUUAUGCGAAAGUGUUUCACAACAACUGAAAAAACGCACAGUUGAGCGAAAAUUAGAACACCUUGUCAUGGCUGCAAAAAGGCCAAAAGCGUUGCGAUUAUAUGAACCCAAAAUUGUCGAAGUAUUUGAUGGUAAAAAACGUAAAAUUCAAUCAAGGGAAAAAGCCGAGCGUGAAAAAUUGUUGCAUAAGCUUAAGAAAGAAACGAAAGGGGCUUUACGUGAAAUUCGGAGAGAUAAGGCCUUUUUGGGACGGGUUAAAAUUCACCAACGAAUUCAAAGUGAUAAUGAGCGGAAGGAGAAAGUUAAACGAAUUUAUGCUGAAGCUUCGAUCCAGCAGAGCGAAUUGAAUAGUUUGGAGAGAAAAAAGAAACGAAAAUGAGGGCCCCUGGCCCCCCUUAAAGUAUUGUAAAUAGUUUUUUGUGCAUUUUUUUUAUCACAAUGUGCAUUAUGUUUUAUAAAUAAAACGGUGGACUUAAAA